GAGAGAGGCGGACAUCGGGAUUCAGGACUCCCGAAUCUUGACAGCUGUGCGUGAAGUACGGAAUGGAUAUCUGAGAAGCAUAUACAUCGUCAUUGUUCGCGAGUGGGAAUAAUAAUUAUUAUUAUCUCCAUUAUUAGACACCAGUGAGAGAAACGAAAAAGAAUCAUAAUUGUUUGAUCACUUGCUCACACAAGAAGAGGAGUUUGUGAGUGAGACAGACUGAGAGCAGAUGAGAAGUCGUGCCACCGGAUGGUUUUUAUUAUUUGGUGUCUUUUGAUGCACGAACGGACUCUGAAAUGGGUCGCCAUGACGACAGAGCGCUGAGUUAGCCGCUAAUGCGUUAUACGCAUUUGUUUCUGUUAUUGUUUUAUUUUAUCAUUUCCCUACCUCCUUUAUAGUAAUAAAAUAUGUGGUAACCUCGCUGUCAAAAGACACGGGUGUUGUCAGAUAAAAAGAAAGAAAAAGGAGGAGGAGGUGUUAAGAGGUGUUUAUUCCCCUUUCUCUUUUUUCGUUUCUUAUUUUUCACUGCGCUCCUUCCUUUUAUGUCUUCUUUUCUUUCUUUCCGUUUUUCUUUUAUUGUUUUGGGGACACGGACUGACGCGAAGAAGGUAAAUUGAUGUGCGAGAGCCUGCGACACAUUCAUGACGAAUUACCUCAGAAAAAAAUACCGAUGGCAUAAACACCGGCUUCAGCACUGAAGUACGAAUAAUCACCGGGAAAGAACCGGAGACGCAUCGACAACAACCCUUUCAUCGCGGGAACUAAUGAGCAAAUCGCAAUAGAAGCUCAUGUUGCACUAACAUCAGGAUGAAGUUCUUCACCGCUCAGUGUCAGCAGUCCUCUUCUGUGCUCCACUGAGGAUACACACACCCUCACUCCCGCAAAUUCCCUAACUUCAAAAUCACUGGAGGGGCCUGAAACUCUUCCCCCUUGUCCAUUUCAUAUAUAGUUACCCAUCACUGGGGCACCACUCACCCCAGCCGAAGCAUGUCAUUGGUGGGCGUGGCGCGAUUGCGGCGGGAGACGGCCCGCUCCUGCCCGCGCCGCAUAUCUGACACUUGCCUGGUGUGGCUGCUGGGCUUGGCGCUGCGCCUGGCACUGUCCUCCUGCCAGCGGGCAGACCUCACCGCCGCCAAGCACCCUAUGGUCACCACAGGCUACGGGAAGCUUCGGGGCGUACGCAAGGAGCUGAACAAUGAGAUUCUGGGCCCGGUCGAGCAGUACUUGGGCGUCCCCUAUGCCACCCCGCCAGUGGGCGAGAGGCGCUUCCAGCCCCCGGAGGCACCAGGCUCCUGGCAGGAGAUCCGUAACGCUACCCAGUUUGCACCAGUGUGCCCGCAGAACAUCCACGGGGUGCUGCCAGAGAUCAUGCUUCCCGUAUGGUUCACCGACAACCUGGAUGCAGCCGCGGCGUAUGUACAGAACCAGAGCGAGGACUGCCUUUACCUUAACGUCUACGUUCCCACAGAGGAUGGUCCGCUCACAAAAAAACAUGAUGAGUCUUCGAUGAACAGACCGAGGGACGAAGAUAUUAGGGAUCGUCGGAAGAAGCCUGUGAUGUUGUUUAUCCAUGGUGGUUCAUACAUGGAGGGGACAGGAAACAUGUUUGAUGCGAGCGUUCUUGCUGCCUAUGGAAACGUGAUUGUUGUCACUAUGAACUACAGAUUGGGUGUUCUGGGUUUUUUGAGCACCGGAGAUCAGUCCGCAAAGGGGAAUUAUGGGCUACUGGACCAGAUUCAGGCUCUACGUUGGCUCAAUGAGAACAUCGGACACUUUGGAGGAGACCCAGAGAGAAUCACCAUAUUUGGCUCCGGGGCUGGAGCCUCCUGCGUCAACCUUCUCAUCUUGUCCCAUCAUUCUGAAGCCCUGGUUUCAGGUUUGUUCCAGAGGGCCAUUGCUCAGAGUGGCUCCGCCAUAUCCAGCUGGUCAGUGAACUACCGGCCCCUGAUGUACACCAAGAUCCUGGCCAAAAAGGUGGGCUGCAGCUACAGUGACACUGCAGAUCUGGUGGAUUGUCUGCGAAGGAAGAGCUUCAGGGAGCUGGUGGAUCAGGAUAUCCAGCCUGCCCGUUACCACAUCGCAUUCGGACCAGUGGUGGACGGCGAUGUGGUACCCGAUGACCCUGAGAUCCUCAUGCAGCAGGGGGAGUUCCUGAACUACGACAUCCUAUUGGGGGUGAACCAGGGUGAAGGGCUGAAAUUUGUAGAUGACAGUGAAGGUGAGGAUGGAAUUUCAGCUGCUUCCUUUGACUACACCAUAUCCAACUUUGUGGACAACCUAUAUGGAUACCCAGAUGGUAAAGACAUAUUGCGGGAGACUAUAAAGUUCAUGUACACAGAUUGGGCUGACCGUGACAACGGUGACAUGCGGCGUAAAACUCUACUUGCACUUUUCACCGACCACCAGUGGGUGGCGCCAGCAGUGGCCACAGCUAAGCUGCAUGCCGAGUUCCAGUCCCCCGUUUAUUUUUAUACCUUCCACCACCACUGCCAGACGGAGGCACGACCCGAGUGGGCAGACGCAGCACACGGUGAUGAGAUCCCCUAUGUGUUCGGUGUUCCCAUGGUGGGUGCCACAGAUCUAUUUCCCUGCAACUUUUCCAAGAAUGAUGUCAUGCUCAGUGCUGUAGUGAUGACGUACUGGACCAACUUUGCCAAGACGGGUGAUCCGAACAUUCCAGUGCCGCAGGAUACCAAGUUCAUCCAUACUAAGCCCAAUCGCUUUGAAGAAGUUAUCUGGACCAAGUUCAGCUCUAAAGACAAGCAGUACCUCCACAUCGGGUUGAAGCCUCGCAUCCGGGACAAUUACCGUGCCAACAAAGUUGCCUUCUGGCUUGAGCUGGUUCCUCAUCUCCACACCCUGCAUGAGGAGAUCAUCAGCUCCAUAACCACACGACUGCCGCCUGGUGGCCCGCACCGGCCUGGCUGGAAGGGCACGCCCCAGAGUCCAGGCACACGCUCUACUCGCCACCCGACGGUUUCGACUUACCCGCCCGACCCGGACCUCGAAGGUUCCGAACACCCUCCUGAACGCUUCCCGUUCCCGAGCGACACGAGGGACUAUUCGACGGAGCUCAGUGUGACGGUAGCAGUGGGUGCGUCGCUGCUCUUCCUCAACGUACUGGCCUUUGCUGCAUUGUACUACAAGCGUGACAAAAGGCACGAGCUGCUGCAACGGCGCCAUCGCCGCCUCUCGCCCCAACGUGGGGCGGGGCCGGGUGUCGGCAUUGUGGGUGCUCCGCCCCAUAACGACCUGGCACUGAGCCAGGAGGAGGAGCUAAUGUCCUUGCAGAUGAAGCAGCAGAGGGUGGAGCUCGACCACGGCACGCCCCUUCCGCCACGUGGUCUCCACGGCGACCUGGAGCCCCUGAGACCACCCGUGUGCCCGCCAGACUACACUCUGGCGCUACGGCGGGCCCCCGAGGACGUGCCACUCAUGACGUCUAACACACUUUCCAUGAUCCCCAGCACCAUCACUGGCAUGCAGCCCCUCCAUGCCUUCAACACUUACCCCCCUGCCCCUGCACCAAGUGCUGGGCACAGUAACAACGCCCUGCCCCACCAGCACUCCACCACGCGAGUAUAGUAACCCCUCGGAGGGGACCAGGCCCCCCAAACGCAUAGGAACACAGACCUCCGGUACUAAGAGUGGUGCUCUACACGGAUACUGUCCAACCCACCGCUCCUCUCCUUUUUAAAUCCACUCCCAGCACACACUAUUUCUCUCUCGUUCUUUCUUGUUUUACUCUUCCUGCUCCUUUUGUUCUUGGAUUGAGUAGCGGAGAAGGUUUUGGGUGGAGAAACGUCAGCCAUUUUCCCCACUCAGUACAGCAGCUAUCCCCUCCUGUUUUAUUUUUCUCCUGAUUUUUUUUUUACUCACGUUCCAUUGCCGUCUUUCUCUUUCUUUUUUUCUUUUCUUCUCCCCGACAGUCUUCUUCUGCUCUUCUGUAGCUGUUUCUAGUCCCCCAAAAAAGAACAGUUUUUCCUACUUCGGACUGUUUUAUAAAUCAAGAAAACAUACGUGUAAAAUAUGUAUUAUUGAUAACCUUAUAAGGCUAUGAAUGAAAAAAAAGAUUCUACUAUCUAAUUUUUACCAGCAUUCUUGUGCCAAGUACUGUGAUCAUCGUCCAAUCAGACGCAGUCUUGUGGACGGACGUGGAGAGAAUCGCCUGAACUGGAUUUAUUCAAGGAAUUUGCAGAAUUGAGAAAAAAAGUGCCAAAUUUGUUUUUGUUUUCUUUGGUAUCUUUCUCGUUUUUAUGUUUGUUUUUGCUUUUUGUUUUGCACUGUCACUGUUAUUUGCCUAUGGGGAGAAAUGAACAACUAGAUACAACUACUACAAAUAUCUAUACAAAAAGUAAAGAUAUAGAAUAAUUAAAUUUAUACCUUGAUUGCGCUUUGGGAAAUUUGCAUGAUUUAUUUUUUAUGAGGAAAAUGGACAUCUUGAGGAGAAUUUGUUCCGCGUUUUGAGAUUCAAGACUCUUCAUUAUUUGUCUUUUUAUUGUUGUUGUCUUUUUCUGCAAUAGUCUUCUCUCUCUUCCUUUCUCUGUCUCUCUCUUUUUUCUUUUUUUUUUCUUUUUUUACAUCAGCUAUAUUUUGUGCACUUCAUUUGGAGAUUCUUUUCCCUCUGUAGAUACAUGGUCAUAUCCGGAAAUGAAACUGAUUCUUGACGAUAAUAAAGAGGAUAAAUAGUUCCCUUCUUUUUUCAUUUAUAAUUACGGAAGCUGUACGACAAAGCUCAUCUCAGAGAGAAGGACUGAUCAGAUCCACGAUCCUCUCCUUUUUUAUCCCUUUUAUCUCUCUCCGCUCGUAUAGUCCUCUGUAGUAACCCGCGCAUUACGCCACAUUGAGUUAAGGAACAUUCACGCUCUUUCUCUCCGUUUCUCCGUAAAGACUCGGACUCUGCUGAGUUGGACGUCCAGAGCGACGGGAUCAACACCUGCGCCUGUCCCCGCACAGCUGGAGUCUCUCCGUCUCUCUCUUUUAUCCAGAGCCCAAGAGAGCUCAUGACGUGUCCCGAACAUUCUUCCCCCUCACUGACACUGACCUUUGAGUGAUUAUCUCAGUUUGAGCUCACUUGUCAUCAGGCGGACAUCUUGUUAUAUGCCCUGUCACAAGUCCCCAUAAGACCUUUUGAUUCAACCUCUCACUUCUCAAUGCGUUUUUCCGAAAUCUCUCUUUCAGGGUGCCGAGAACGAUCUGGCCGAGAGGAAGUGGGAGACGGGCCGUUUGCAUUCGCGUGUGCGCGUGUAAGUGCGUGUGUAUGAGGAACAGGACGGAUGUGGCCUCUAAAUGAGCUCUGGAUACUGACUCUAGAAGCUUCGUACAUCAGGUUUGAGCCACGGUGGCGGUCAGAAACUAAAUGCACUACCGUAACGCAGCCUGAAGAGGCAUACUACACUACAGUGGACGAGGCAUCACCCCUCACGCCACUUAAAUAUACUUUUAUGAUCCAUAACACAAGCAACUGUGCACACCGAUCUCAUCUCCAUCCAUUUUUUUGUUCUCUCGUCGUCUUGUUUUUGGAGUUUCUUGUCGGUGGGUGGAUGAAAAACACACAAGACCACUUUCUGUCAUGCCAUGACGAAAAACACAAGAUGCAAACUGUACAUUUUUAUAAGUGUAAGAGAUGACAUGGUCUUUGUAAAUAUUUUGUUUAUUGUUGGGUUCACGGCCUAUCGUAUCCACUGUAAAAACAGGUGCAAGCUCAUUCAGCCAAUCACAUCCCUCCACCCACGAUUCUGAAGACCCUUAUUAGAUUUUCAUUUGAAGGUUUACAGAUAUUAAAGCUUCUUUUUGACAAAAGACAUUAAAUCGUAAUGAAUGUUGAGGGAAGCGGGAAUGAAGCGAAUCCACAUUAGAGGAUAUAUUGAGUCAAGAAUGAGCGCAUUUGAUGAGAAUAAUUGCAUUUGGAAUUCAAAUUUGCUGCAAGACCCGACAAUGCGGCGGACAAAAGAAUCGCUGGCUGCAUCUGAUUCUGUUUCGUUUGAAAAACAGAGGGUGGAACCGAUCAGGCCCUAAUCAGAAUAUUUUGUUGGAGAGAGUUAAAUGAGAAAGUUUAUAUGGAGAAGCUCGUUUUAUUUCCUCGUACAUGGCCGUAGGAUGCAAAACGCUCGAGUCAGCCCUGUUUUUUUUUUUUUUUUUUUUUUUUUUUUUUUUUGCGGGAGGCCUGCUGUUUGAGUCAUUCUCCUGGGUGUUCUUCAUUACGCUUCAGUGGACUAAAUGACACUGUGGGGUGUUUGUUUUCUCUUACCUGGUUGUAAGUUCUUAGAAAUUUAAUGUUACCCAAACCAUUGGAGAUUUGUUGGAGUAAGGGUGGGAUUUCACAGAGUUCUGGCUUAUCUCUUUGUUGUGAAUUUGAGCUGCAUAUAUUUCAAAGUAGAGAAUUUAAACAGUUCAUAUUUUUCUACAAAAUAAAGGGAUAGAGAUGAUUCUACUGGCAACUGACAGACAUAUAAAGCACACUUUCACCAGACAUACAUGGUGAUACUUUUUGUCUGGGUUGCCUAUGUAUUAUAGAGGAUUUAAAGAAAAAGAAAAAAAACACAACUGUUGAGUAUUAAUGCUUGGUCGCCAAAAAAAAAGAAAAAAAAAAAAAGACUUGCACCUGUUGAGUUUCAUUUUGUUGAAUUACAGCAACGUAAAAAAAAAAAGGCUUGAUGAGGGGACUGUAUGACCGCAACGGGUCUAAAGAAUGAAAUUCAUAUUUCUAUUUCCUAUACAGGCUACUACACACUGUAUGUUGUGUAUCUGAACUGGACAACAUUAAAAAGGUUAUUAAACAUA